GAAAUGGAGGUAAGUCAAGUGCUUCACAUGAAUGGUGGUGUGGGAGAAACAAGCUAUGCAAACAAUUCUUUGCUCCAGCAAAAAGUGCUGACAUUGACAAAGCCAAUUCGAGAGGAGGCCAUAACCAAAAUGUACCACCAAAGCAUGCUCCCAACCACCAGAGGCCUAGGGAUUGCAGACUUGGGUUGCUCUUCUGGUCCAAACACUUUGUCUGUGGUUUCCGAAGUUAUCAAAACAGUGGAGAAGCUUUGCCAAGAACUAAACCAUGAAUCUCCAGAAUACCAAGUCUUCUUGAAUGAUCUUCCAAGGAAUGACUUCAACAGCAUCUUCAGAUCUCUUGACAACUUCAAAGAGAAACUCAAUAAAGAAAUGGCUUCUAGGUUUAAUGGUCCUUGCUUCUUCUUAGCAGGCGUCCCUGGUUCGUUUUAUGGCAGAUUGUUUCCUCCAAAAAGUCUCCAUUUUGUGCAUUCCUCUUACAGCCUUCAAUGGCUUUCUCAGGUUCCGGAGGGAUUGGAGAACAAUAAGGGAAACAUUUAUAUGGCAAGCACAAGCCCCUCAAACGUGUUGAAGGCUUAUUAUAAACAAUUUCAAAGAGAUUUCUCAUUGUUUCUUGAGUGUCGUGCCAGAGAAGUGGUGGAGGGAGGAAGCAUGGUCCUCACAUUUUUGGGAAGAAAAAGUGACAACCCCUCUAGCAAAGAAUGUUGCCUUAUUUGGGAACUCAUGGCCAAAGCCCUCAAUUACCUUGCCUCCAAGGGAAUCAUAAAAGAAGAGGAAGUGGAUUCAUUCAACAUUCCUCAAUACUCACCAUCCCCAUCUGAAGUUGAAGAGGAGGUAUUAAAAGAAGGGUCAUUUGAAAUCAAUCGCAUUGAGGUAUCUCCAGUGAGUUGGGACGCUACUUACCAUAAUGAUUGGAACACAAUGGAAAAUGAUGAAUUUAGUGCAUCUGAAAUAUUGGCAAGUGAUUGUGGACAUAACGUAGCAAAGUGUAUGAGAGCUGUGGCUGAGCCCUUAUUGAUCAACCACUUUGGAUCAGAGGCUAUAAUUGAAGAUGUCUUCAAGGAGUACCAAGAAAUCUUAACUCAUUACAUGUCCAAAGAGAAAACUGAAUUCAUCAAUGUCACCUUGUGGAUGAGUAGAAAAGUAUGA